AUUCAUCUUUUCCAAAUGACCCUGCACUUCUCCAGAUUUUCGAAACUCUCUCGCUCUCUUCGCGAAACGUAUUCCUCUAUUCUCCCAUUUCUCUUUCGAAACCCUAAAUCUCUCUCUCUCUCUCUCUUUCCUACUCUAUACACCGAUCGUUUCGGUGUAUCUCCCCCACCUCUCUCUCCCAAUACACCGAUUAUUUCGGUGCUUCUCCCUCCUUCCUUUUCCCACUCCAAAGUUAGCUACAAGCUAUUGCCGACAAUGAGUCUACAACAAGUGGUUCAACCCAGGUCUAACAAUUCAUUUGGCCGUCGGAGGGGUGACAGAGAGAUGGGGACCCGGCUGGACAGGAAGUCAUCCGGCAGUUUUAGCAAUUCAGGUCUAGUGAAUGGCAGCAAAUUUGGAGGGUUUGAAAGUCCUUCACGUGAUCGGCUAGUAUAUGUGACAACAUGUUUCAUUGGACAUCAUGUGGAAGUCCAGAUGAAGAAUGGGUCUAUUUUCUCUGGAAUAUUUCAUGCGAUGAGUACCGAAAAAGAUUUUGGAAUUAUCCUCAAGAUGGCUCGGCUCACGAAGGAUGGUUCCUCGAGAGGACAGAAACCCAUUCCUGAUUCUGUUAUCAAGGCUCCUUCAAAGACCCUAAUAAUUCCUUCUAAAGAAUAUGUGCAAGUUAUCGCGAAGGAUCUUGCGUUAACUGCGGAUGGGUUUGCAAACGGGCAUGCCCAAGAAAAGCGGCAGGACAUCAUGAUAGACUCCUACAUAUCCCAGUCUAACUAUGUUGAGGUGGAGAGAGAACUCGAGCGGUGGACCCCAGAUAAAGACGAUCCCAAUUUGCCUGAAUUGGAAAAUAUAUUUGAUGGUACUUGGAACAGGAACUGGGAUCAGUUUGAAACAAAUGAAGCAUUGUUUGGAGUGAAGAGUACAUUUGAUGAGGAGCUUUAUACUACAAAACUUGAGAGAGGUCCUCAAAUGAGAGAGCUAGAAAGAGAAGCUUUACGAAUAGCGAGAGAAAUUGAGGGAGAGGAAACACAAGAUAUUCAUUUAGCUGAGGAAAGAGGCAUCCAUUUUAAUGACGAUGACGAGGAGAGCAGAUUCUCAUCAGUAUUUAGGGGAGUUGAUGAUGGGAGGUAUGAGGAAAAUGAAGACAUGGUGCUGAAUGAUCGCAAUUCUGAAACAUUUGGUGACUCCUCUGCCUCUGUCACUAGUAGGUCAUUUUCUGAUGUAGCCAGGGGAAAAAACAAUGAUGGAACUCAGCCAUCAUCAAGCUGUUCAUCAGUGGAUGGGGGGACAUCUUCUCAGAUACCGGCUGUCAGGGAUCUAUAUCGUUCUGGUUCUGGGGAUCAUGUUAGGGAGCUGUCCUCCGAUUGUGCCUCUAAUGAUGUCCUAGCUGUGGCUAGUGAGAGGAGGAUGAACGAGUGCCGGGUCAGAGACCAGCAUGGAGGAAAGAGUGGACCAAAGGAAUCCACAGAAAGGAAUACCGUCUCUGUGGAGGCUCAAACUUCAAAGUCUGAGGAGAUGCAACACUCAGUGAAUCUGAAAAAGGCUAGCUUUGAUAAAGGGGGAUUAUCACCCCGUGCCACUGCAUAUGCCCCAUCUUCUAUACCAACAAAAAGUCAAGAGCCUGCUGUUUCUGCACGCGAAUCUACAGAGCAUGCACGUACCGGCAAAGAUGCUACUCAAUCUGUUAACCCUCAUGUACGACCGGGUAGUUCUACAUCAUCCACCUCAGAGCGUGUAGUUGCUACCUCUGUUUCGAGCGGUCCUGCUUUGUCACCAAGCUCAUCAGUGGGAUCACUAUCUUCAGAAAAAUCUACCCUGAAUCCUUUUGCUAAGGAGUUUAAGCUCAACCCAAAUGCAAAGAGUUUCAUUCCAUCUCAGGCUUCCUUAAGGCCACCUUCUCCUGCUUCUGAAGGCUCCUUCUAUUUUCCAACUAACAUGUCUGCCGUCCCACAUAUGCAUGGCCUCCCGGUGGGCAUUGGGAUCGGACCCUCAUUUGGUGGACACCAGCCUGUUAUUUACAAUCCACAGGCUGCACCAGUGCAAUCACCUCAGGCAUAUGUCCAUCCAAACGGGCCUUUGUACGGACAGCAGAUGAUUAUAGGUCAGCCCCGGCAAGUUCUUUACAUGCCCAGCUAUCCCCCACUUUUGUGACGAGGAUGGUUCUGAUACAGGAAAUGCAGUACAAAGGAAGAGAUUUCUAACCUGCCAGGCAGCCUUCCCAUGGCCGAAGGUGUUUGUAAAUACCAGCUUCAAAAGAGAAAUGGCUCAAGCGAUUUCAGACUCUCCUGGCAAGAUUCAAUAAUUGAAGAGCUGUGACUGGAGCCAUGGGAAAUUUUAAAAUAACUUCUGAGAUAGGUUUUGCUAUGCUCAUGCGCACCAUCAUAACUAGUAUGUGGGACACCAGACCUGUGCAUCAUGAGUGCCCCACUGCGUAGAUAGUCUGGCUGAGAAAUCAGGCCAGCCAGCCUGCUAAUUGGGUGGGGCGCAUGUGCAAGCCCAAUGCAGGCUGCUGGCCAACUGGACGAGUGAACUCGCUAAUAUAUUUUUUUGGGGUGGGUGGGGAGCAGGGCUGUUACACAGUGGGGCCCAUCUCUAAAGGUUGAUAAGUUGGUGGAAUACAAAAUAUUCUGAUAUGAUGCCAUUCCCAUCAUGCAUGGCUCAGAUGCCCCACCUGGGUGUGUUCAUGGUGCGUGUGAGCUUCUGAAGACCGUCUUCAUCAGGCCUUUUGUAUUUGUAACUAAUGAAAAUGCCACCUUACUUGCCAUAAGACUUCAAAGGUUCUUGGUAUUUGGAUUAUUUUGGGGUUUUUUCUUUUUUCUUUUUCCUUUUUGUGUUUUUAAUUGGAGGAUGAUAUAUCAAACUCGUUCAUUCAAAUAAAAAUACUAAUUGCUAACA